GUAUACAGGUCAGUGGUCAAUAUAUCAAUGUUCACUCAACAAAUUUUGUAAUAGAAAUUUUGAACAUUUUUAGGGAAAAUGCACCGUAGAGUUAUAGCACAUCGUUUAAGUGCAAAACGUCGCACAGCAGACGUUUUAAUCAAUGAGAAAGUCGAUUUCUCAGGGUUAAUUUUAUCCAAAGAUGUCCUCAAAGGGUUGAAAAGUGCUGGAUUUGAAAGACCAUCACCAAUUCAAAUGAAAGCUAUUCCUAUUGGUCGUUGUGGUGUAGAUUUGAUUGCACAAGCAAAAUCUGGCACAGGGAAAACAUGUGUCUUUAGUGUGAUUGCUUUGGAAAGCAUCAUUCUUACAAUGAUGUCAAUACAAGUGUUGGUUCUUGUGCCGACUCGAGAGAUAGCUGUUCAAAUCAAGGAUGUAAUCAACUCUAUUGGUCAACAUAUGCAAGGACUUCAUGUAAAUGUUUUUAUUGGUGGUUUGUCUAUUGAAGAUGACAAGAACAAGUUGAAACUUUGUCAAAUUGCUAUUGGUACACCAGGUAGGACGGUCAAACAUCUAAUUGACAGCAAACUUUUGUCUACUUCUUCCAUUCGAUUGCUUAUUCUUGAUGAGGCUGAUAAACUUUUGGAGGAAAACUUUCAAGAUCAGAUCAAUUGGAUAUUUUCAACACUUCCUGAAAGCAAGCAAGUGUUGGCUUUGUCUGCAACCUAUCCAAACUAUCUUAACAAGCAUUUACAGAAAUAUAUGAGAAAUCCAACUUUUGUUUGUUUAAAUGCCAUGGACCCUACACUAGAAGGGAUUCAUCAUUGUUUUUGCACAAUACCAAGUCAUUCUCUCCUACAUAAAACAUUUGAUGAAAAGGUUAAUCAUUUACUGGUUAUGUUGUCACAGAUAUCUUUCCAUCAAUGCCUUAUCUUUUCUAACUAUCAAGUAAGAGCAAAGAAUUUGAGUGAAACUUUGGCUAAAAAUGGAUUUCCUUCUACACAUAUUUCAGGUAAUCAAGGCCAAAAUGAACGUCUUGAUGCAAUGAGGAAGUUGAAGGAGUUCAAAUGUCGUAUUUUGAUAUCAACAGAUCUUAUGUCUCGUGGCAUCGAUGCUGAACGUGUGAACCUUGUGAUUAACAUGGAUCUUCCACGUGACUCUGAGACAUAUUUACAUAGAGUUGGGAGGGCUGGACGUUACGGAUCGUAUGGCGUGGCCAUAAAUUUCGUGGCCGCAGGAAAAGAGGAAUCAAGUUUGAAAGACAUCGAAAUUAAAUGUGGAAUAAACUUCGAUCCUUUGCCAGAAGAUUUAUCUGAGCUCAUAUGUGAAGAUGCGUUUGCCGAAUGUAGUUUGAUGAAGUCAAAAGGCGAGAUACCUUCAUUAACUUCUACGGCUGCUACAAGCAUAGUUGGAGAAGGGAAGGUGAAAGAAGAUGAUGUCCUUUGCUGUGAAACUACAAACCUUGUUCAUAAUGGCGAAACGAGUUCCACAAUGACGAAAGAAAAUUUAGUUGAAGGUUUGAAUGGAGGAGCGAAGAAUAAAAUUCACGAGAUUGUAGCUUUCACUGACAUUGUUGUUGAUAAAAGUUUUAAAUGUGUUAACAAUAAUGAACAAAAGAAAAAUGAAGAAAGGUUAACGGGAGUAAUUGAAAAUAAUUCAGACAAUAGCGAAAGUUCCACAACGGAAAUCUUGAACUAUGGCAUUAUUAAAGAUGAUGAGUUGGCUGAAAACAAGAACAUUUACACAUCUCAAGCUUCUGUUGUUGCUGGCGUUUGUCGUCAAGGAAAUGGACAGACUGUCGAGGAUCCAGGAAUUAUGGGUGAUGUGAAAAACGAAUUUGUUGACGUUAAGAGUGAAAAUGUUGCUGUUGAAAAUCAGGAAGGUACGACAUCCAAAGUGAACAGUGUAGAAGGAAAAGAAAUCAAAAGUCAUCACAACAUUGAAACAAUAUACGAUACAGAAAACAAACUAAAUAACUUUAAAAGUGCUGUGAUUUAUCCUUCAACGUCACAAUUCAUCUUUCAUAAACAAUGGGGUAAUGGAUUUUUACUGAGAAAACAAAUUGGAUGA